CGGCAGUCCAACCAUGCCACAUUCAUCCAAUGCAGGCACCACUGCCCAGGAGCGCAGCCAUGUUUCAACCCCUUCACCUUUCCUAUCCGCCUGGUUCGUCCGCCCGCUCCGCCGCGGUGUGUGUGCCGGCCGGUGGUGUGCGGCGGAUGCGCUGUCAGAUUUGUCGGACCGUCCAUCACCCUCCCAGGUUGGGCUGGGCUGGGGCCGGAUGGCCAGGCGUGGGCACACACAAGCAAGGUACUGGUAUAUGUAUGAUGUGCCCCAACCCAGUCGCCCGCGCCCGCCGGAUUCCCUUCUCUCCAGGGGCGGUGUUUUCUUGGGUCCUGCUGCGUCCCAUGACAAUCCCCGUGUCAGCCAAACUGCCUGCCCGCCGUCACUCUCUGGUGGGGCUCGACUUACACGCUGCGGCAUGACUGACAAUCCAGCCGGGAAGCCUUGGAUACUGCAGACAAAGGGUCAGCACAGACGCAUGACGAGCUGUUGACAGAGUGCGCCCAUUCUUUCCAUUCUCUCUCGUUCUCGGAGCCUCGCGCCCGCCUUGGACGUACGUACGUACCUUCCGUACUUCCAAGGCCGAAGCGAGGCGGAGGCACUUGCCGCUGUUUCAUACCUCGCACCUUAUUCCUUUUCUUCGCCCGUCGCUCCUGCCCUCGACCACCGGCUGCUGCUUCCGCCGUGACUCGCGCGUCACCUUGACCGACAUGUCCACGCUCUGAGGCCGAUUCGAUCCUCUUGCUUUUCUCCUGACCCCUGUGUCUGUUUUCUCUCAGAGUAGCACCGGCUGCAACGCCGCAGUCCGACAUUCCGCAAUCGCAAGAUCCAAAUACGCGCUGCCGCGCUCCUUACGACGUGUCGACAUCCCCGUCCGCCCUUCACGACGUAAGUAGAUCUCACUGCUGCCUCGCCAGGGAUGCCGUGGAAAGCGGCUACCGUCGCCGGGCCGAGGCCUCGUGCCGGUCACAAGUCCAUCCGCGGGCACAUCUCCGCCCCAAUUCGUGUGCCGGAUCAUGACGACGACGAGUUCCCCAUGAGGCGGGACGCUGCACAGUCUGGGGCCUUGACGGCUGUCCCCAUGGCCCCCAACACUAAAAGUGUUGACAUCUUUGCGGUCUCUAAAGGGCCGGCGAACGACGGCCCACAACGGCACGAUAGCCCCAUGAGUCUUCGGCAUGCCGAACACGAGGAGCCGAGCUCCCACGACAACGAUAUUCGCCUCGUAGGCGCCCCCAACGCCCCAUCUACUUCUACGUACCGGGUUUCCGGCGGCAUAGCGACGCAGUCAGCGCGAGGAUCUAGCAACAUGACCACGACCAUCUACUCGAGUUCCUCAAGGGGUUCUCCCCCGCGGAAGAGAUCUACGUUCAGAUCUGCGUUGAGCAAGAUUUUCGGGCGAAAGAAGAGAAGGAAUGGUGACGCCGACAUAGGGGCUACAUCUGCCUCACACGCUACUACGAAGUCAUCGCACCAGCACCACCAGAGUGAUCUCGGUGGCGGGAAUCGCCCUAUCAAGCAAGUACAGCCAAAACGGUCUGCUUCUCUCCCCAUCACCGAAUAUGAUCGGGCUCUGCGGUCUCAUUCAAUAGGCCCCGACGAUGUCAUAGCUAUCCGAAGUGCGCGCAACUCUCUCAACACGAGCUCGAAAUUGGCGGCGAACGCACUCGGAGUUGUGAGCGCGACCCCAACAAGGCCAGCUGGCCCACGUUGGACUGAGGGAAGAAAGUUUACCGGCCUCUCUCCUCGCCCAGCGAGCUCCCAAGACCGAGCCGCGCGUCUGGCAGACUUAAGUGAUGAUCCAAACGAGAUUGGCCGUGCCAUUACGAGCGAUGGACGUGGGUUGAGGCGACGUUCAAGGAGCUUAUCCGCAUUUCCCGGGCCCGACCACCCCGCCUUCAGUCAUGUCAGGCGACGCAGCGACGAGAUCAGGCACUGGAGGGAAAGUUACGAUCCACCAAUGCGGUCUCCAAGGUCUUUGACAAGUGCUGCCGACUCCGAAGAUCUUGGCGUAUUCACAGGCGAUGAGCCGGACACGAUUGUCGACGAGCAGCCUCGGACGCCAAUUCAACCAUUCACGUUUGGCGAUAUCAACGCGAUGAAGGAAGUUGCUGGACUCAAGAUCACAGACGUGGCAAGCUUAAGUUCAAAGAUGGGUAAUCUUGAGGCUCAGCUGAGCCACCUGGAACAAGCGGUAGCACAUUUGGGAAAGGCGAAUUUUGGAUAUCACAGUCACGCCGACACGUCUCGCAGCACCCCUAGAGAGGAUUCUGCGGCAUCUUUGUCUUACACGGGGCAUACCGUCGUUCAUGACCAUGAGCGCAAAAGCCUUACUCGCCCCUCUACACGUCAUUCCGAUGCCUCGAAAAUGACAUUCGGCGAUGGCCACUCCUCGUUCGAGGCGGUACCGGCCGCUACCCUUGUCGCACCCCUGCCGAACAAUCAUAGGCCAACGUCCACGUCGACUAUUAGAGGUACAGCCAGCAUGCCAUCCAUGGCAAGGGAGACCGCCAACAGCAUCGGUAUAGACCAUUAUAUGACGGUGAUGGCUCUUUUGGAGACGGAGAGAUCUGCACGAGAAGCUCUGGAGCUGCAGGUGAAGAAGCUCGGCCACCAGCUCAAUAUUCUGAUUAGGAUGCAGCGUGAUGCUCGCGGCUCACAAAGCGACGCGCCGUCGGCAGACCAAUCUCUGGGCGAGACGUCAGUAUUUGAGCACGACGACGACGACGAGGACGAGUACGGAGGCGACAGAGUACAACUAGGGGACUCAGGCUUCGGCGCUGGCAUCCGCGAUGACGACGAAUAUACGGAAUCUUUCUCAACACCCAAUGAAGAAAGAAGAGACUACGACGCAUUCGAGGACGAGCAAGAUCCAGGUUUGAAGACAGCUGCACGGGCUUUGUCCCUCUCACGACUGACGUUGGCAACGACCCCGACGACGACGCUCAACCAGAUACCGCCACAGGCCAUCUGAUGAGAAUGCGUAUGGAGUAAUGAUGGUCCCGAGAAGCGAUGUUUUACACACCAGACGCAGCAUUCGUAUACCCCCUUGCAUGUGUGGUUAUAAAUUUAGGAAGACGCUUGAAUGGCGGCGUUUUAGCGCAGGGUUGAUAUCGAUUAUAGUUGUAAUAUUCAGGGACAAGACUACACAUCAUCACGCGUCGUGAAGGACGGGAAGGCAGACGCCGAGUGAGGCUGAACAUGGUGCGCGGACUGAGGGGCAGUGAGUGCCGUGCAUUGUUGAAUCGCUCUAUUUCCGGCUGCAUGAUGUCUUGAUCCAACGCUGAGCAUCGAGGAGCACACGAAGUGGUUCCAGACUCUACAUGUC